UCUGGACAACUGCACCGACGCUCACUUUUUCUUUAGCGUCGGUUUAACCGGUGCCUGUAAAACUCCUGUUGCUUCUUCGGCCUCCAAGUCCAUUACACCGGUGGGUGUAAAACACCCAACGCCGGUUAAUCCGGUGCCAAGUUCAUUGCACCGAUGAGUGCAAUUUGCUCAUCAUCGGUUUAACCGGUGAUAGCAAAUUGUCUUCGUCUUGAUCUUUUCGACUUGGAUUUCUUCACGGUCUCUUCAAUUCUUGUCCCUUGGAACCACCGUGGGGCGCGGCUCUUCGGGCCUAGCUACGCCUAUCUUCUUUUUGUCAUCACUUGAACCUAAAAGCCUGAGAAUGGUUAUCUUAACAAUUAUAUUAGUCCAAGUGUUGUGUUGUCUAUAUCAAUCACUAAAAUAUUAUAUUGAAAUAUGGCAUGAGAGGCCAUUUUUCGCUACACUCAUACAUGUCAAUAACCUUCAAAAUAAGUCUUUUACCCCUCCUAUCUCCUCUCUCUAUGCUCUUGGUUCAAGAUCGGAGCUCAAAUUUCACCAUUCUAGCGUAACUCCAGCAACGUGUGGGCAACUAGGUGAUACAAAUUACAAGUUUAUGGAUCUACAAAUAGACUUUCAGAAUUUAUGGGCCUAAGUGACACAUGUUACAAGUUUAUUGACUCAUAAAUGCAAUUUCAAAGUUGAUGGAUUUAAUUUACAUUCUCUUAUAAGUUAAUGAAUCUCUUAUAAGUUAAUGGACCUCUGAUACAUUUUACUCGUAGAAUUGGCCCAUAAAGAGAAAAUGCCGUUUGCCAGCCCACAACGACCAGAGCGUGACCGCGUCCCUGGUCGGUUCCACAGUGCAGUGCUGUGUCGUCGCCCUGAUCCCAUUUUUUUUCCCGUUUCCCUCCCCACGAUUCAAAUUCUCCCUUCUUCCGACGCCCAAACCCCAACCCCGCCUCCUCGACCCUCCCCGCACCCAUGGCGCCCGCCGCGGCCGUCGCCGGCGCCGGAGAGUCCGCCCGCCUCGCGCGCGAGGUGGCGCGGGUGCUGGACGACUGCCGCGCUUCCCUCGCCGUGCACCAGCGGAAGCUGCGGGAGCUCGCGGCGAUCCGCGCUGGCCCCGGAGGCAGCGGCGGCCGCUUCCUCCCCGCCUUCUGCGUCGCCGUCACGCCGCUCUUCGACCUCGCCCGCCGGUCCGCCGGAUCCGACCGCGCCGCCCGCUUCAUCUCCGCCUUCGCGUCGGCGUCCGCCUCUUCGGCCGACGGUGGCGGGGACGGGUUCCUCGAGGGCUUCAUUCGCUUCCUCAUCACCGCGUCCAAGGCCGCGCACCGCCCCGCGCGACUGCGCGCGUGCCAAAUCAUCUCCGAGAUUAUAAUGCGGUUGCCAGAUGAUGCUGAAAUGAGCGAUGACAUUUGGGAUGAUUUGAUUGAUGGCAUGAAGGUUCGGGUUCAAGAUAAAAUCCCUGCUAUUCGUUCCUUUGCUGUGCGUGCAUUAUCCCGUUUUGCAGGCGAUGGAGAGGAUGGUGGAAUUGUUGAUCUCUUUCUAGAGACCCUAGACAAUGAACAAAAUGCUGAGGUCCGAAAGACAAUUGUUUUGUCUCUUCCACCAUCUAAUGCUACAUUGGAGAGUGUUAUUGAAUCAACACUCGAUGUUAGUGAAUCAGUUAGGAGAGCAGCAUAUUCUGUGCUUUCAACUAAAUUCCCUCUGCAGAGUCUUAGCAUCAAGCAAAGGACUACUCUCCUUCACAGGGGCCUCUCUGAUAGAUCUGCUUCAGUAAACAAUGAGUGCCUGAAGAUGCUGAAGGAUGAGUGGCUUAUUAAGUACUGCGGAGGAGAUGUAAUUGCCCUUCUCAGGUUUCUUGAUGUUGAGACAUACGAAUCAGUUGGAGAAUCUGUGAUGGCGGUGCUUCUGAAAGAUGGUGCUUUGCGAGUGCAAGAGGGGCACAGUAUUAGGCAGUACUUCACUGCAAAUGGUGAGAAUGAAGAACAAGUAUCAAAUAUUCAACUCAUGGAUGCUGAGGUUGCUCUUUACUGGAAAAUAAUGUGCAAGCAUUUGCAAGCUGAAGCACAGGCCAAGGGCUCAGAGGCUGCAACAACUACGGGUGCAGAAGCAGCAGUAUAUGCUUCCGAGGCUUCUGAUAAAAAUGAUCUUCUAGACAAUGUCCUUCCCAGCACAAUUACUGAUUAUGUUGCUUUGGUAAAAGCACACCUUUCUGCUGGUCCAAAUUAUCAGUUUACAUCAAGGCAACUGUUGUUGCUUGGUGAAAUGCUGGAAUUUUCUGAUACAAUGAACCGAAAGAUUGCGAGUUCUUUUCUGCAUGAGCUUCUGGUCAGGCCUCUUGAACAUGAAGUUGAUGAUGAUGGGAACCAGAUUGCAAUUGGAGAUGGUGUGAGUCUUGGAGGAGACAAAGAAUGGGCAAAAGCAGUGGCGGAGUUGGCCAAAAAGGUGCAUUCUUCUGUCGGUGAAUUUGAAAUGGUGGUCUCCGCUGUUGUUGAAGAGCUGGCCAUACCUUGUAGGGAGAGAACAGCUGAUUUCAUGCAGUGGAUGCAUUGUCUCGCUGUGACUGGUCUUCUUCUCGAGAAUACUUCUAGCCUACGGAAUCUGCAGGUCACAGCAAUCGAGCCUUCACAACUGCUUCACUCUUUGUUGCUUCCUGCUGCAAAACAAAAUCAUGUUGAUGUACAAAGGGCUGCUUUAAGAUGCCUUUGUCUUCUUGGAUUGUUAGAGAAUAGACCUAAUGCAGAGUUGGUGAAGCAGCUACGUGUAUCUUUCAUCAAUGGACCUGACCUCGUUAGUGCCAUGGCAUGCAGGGCCUUGAUUGAUCUUGUAACUUGGCAUGGUCCACAAGCAAUAGAUCAGGCCAUUGGAAUUGAAUUGCCAGAUCCUAGCUAUGAAAAAUCUCAGUUCACUCAAGUUGACCUUUCUGAAAUGAAUGAUGAUGAUCUAAACAUUGGUGUUCUUGAUAUUCUAUUUUCUGGUUUCCAAAAAGAUGACUGGGAAUUCAGUCUCGAGGGUGAUAACCAUGAUAAUGUCCCAACCAUACUUGGUGAAGGUUUUGCAAAAAUUCUUCUUCUUAGUGAGAAUUUUCCAAGUAUACCUUCUGAUUUGCAUACUGUUCUCCUAUCCCAACUCAUUAGAUUGUAUUUCUCGGAGGAAACUAAAGAACUAGAAAGAUUGAAACAAUGUCUGUCUGUCUUCUUUCAGCACUAUCCUGCACUUUCAGACAAGCACAAGAGUUCUAUCUCUAGUGCAUUUGUACCAGUCAUGAGGGCUAUGUGGCCCGGUUUAUAUGGUAAUGCUGGGGGUAGUUCGCAUGUUAUUUCGAAGAGGCGUAAACUUGCAGUCCAAGCUUCUCGUUUUAUGGUGCAAAUGGUGCAAACCCAAUUAUUCUCAACAGAAAGUACGGAUCAAGCUUCUAAGAGUCCUGAAAGUGCUUCAGGUUCAGUAGAUGCGUCGAACAAUUUUGACAUUAGCGAGGAAGGGCUCGCUAUCCGUAUAGCAGUGGAGGUAGCCAGUUGCCCAGAUAAGAAGACCGCAGCUGGGAAAGCAUAUGCUUUGGCACUGUGCAAGGUUGCUGUGCUUCUUAGAUUCCGGCAAUCAGAACAGAAGGCCAUCAAGUGCAUGAGAAGCCUGGUUAAUUCUUUGGCUGCUUCAGUGGCUUCGGAUAAGGAGCUCAUGAAAGAGCUAGCUCAAAUGGCAGCACAGCUUAGAUCGCUUGAUGCAUGCCCGGACAAAGAAUUGUCACAGGAUGAAGCUGAGGCCAUAUUCAAGAAACUAGGAUUAGAUGGCGGCUUCAUGUUGGACACCAAUCAAGCAGUGCCUUUAACACCAGCAGUGCGGUCGGUCCGGCCUCCAGCUCCCUCCAGGAGAAGAGCAAGACGAGCGCCAUCCUCUAGCGAUGAAAGUGACGUGGAUGGUGAAGUCAACUUGCCUGCAGCCUCGGUGAACAGGGUUCCAGCCACUCCCAGCAUGUCUGCCGCUCGUUCUCAGAGAGCAAGCAAGACUGCCGCUUUGAGCAAGAUGUCAGCCAAGCCUGCUGCUGCUGCUGCUUCCAGCGCUGAAUCAGACGACCAAUCUGACCUGACGAGUGGUGAGGAUUCCUCCGGCGAGGAAUCAUCGUAGGCAGUUGUAUCAGGGUAUGAAGUUUGUUCUGGCGUUCUUGACCGGAAAAAAAAACCAGUAGUAUCUAUUUAAAGUAGGUUGGUAAGACAUUCUUAUCUCUUUAUUAUGUAUCAUCUUGUGCUAGUAAUCACCGUGUGAUUCUGCUAUUGAUGAUUUUUAAUUGACCGCGGACACUUCAUAUGUAUGGUUAUGUAUAAUGCAGCAUA